UUGUCGAGGAAAUCAAAUCCUCAUCCCAAAAUGAGUCGGAUCUACGACAACACAGCGCUACAGAAUAAACCCGUCCAUAAUGAAAAGCUCUCUUCUGCCUGGGAUCCGUCUCUCUAUCAGAGAGGCGCUGGGGUGAUUCUGGAGGGGACUUUUGUGGAUGUGUCUCGUCAUGCAAUCACAGACAUCAACAAUGAAAAGGAGCGUUAUAAUGUUUUGUACAUCAAGCCCAGUCGAAUCCACUGCAGGAAGUAUGAUGCCAAGGGAAAUGAGAUAGAGCCGAAUUUCAGUGAAACCAAGAAGGUCAACACGGGUUAUCUUAUGUCAUCUUACAAAUUGGAGGCCAAAGGCGAGUCUGAUCGUCUUACUGAAGACCAGCUGAAGGACAUAGUAAACAAGAAGGAGCUUGUUAGGAUGACGGAGAAGCACUGCCCCAACCAAGCCUUCGCCUUCUGGAUCCUAGAGGCUGAAAUGGAGAAGAUAGAGCUGGAGAUGGGCCAAGACGUCCGUCUGAAGACCAGAGGAGAUGGUCCUUUUAUCUCCUCCUUUGCCAAGUUGGAUGGCGGCUCAGUGACAAAGUGCAAUUUUGCAGGAGAUGAGCAGACUGGAGCAUCGUGGACAGACAAAAUAAUGGCCAACAAAGCAGAUACACAGAGUAUAGCAAAGCCAGCCGCACACGGUGAAGGAGCCGAGGACGAAGAAUGGGAUGACUGAUCAGCACACAGAAUACAUGAAGGGUGGAAAACUAUUUCACCAAUAAUGUACACUUUACUUAUGAAUUUGCAUACUUUAAGACGUACACUUAAGAAGUACACUUUUUUAUGAAUAUGGAAUUACCUUAACUUUUGAUAUGUUCAGUAAUAAAACGUUUUUAUUCGUAACUGAG